AUGAGAAAUAUCCUAAUUCGGUGUUUAUUCUGUGGGUUCUUGAUAUUUGGGAUCUGGACACCUGUGUUACUCAUAUACUUCCACCAUUACCAUGAGAGCUACAAGCAGAAUAAUACGCAGGAGUCUGAAUCACAUUUGUCCCUUGAAAAAUAUGUGCAUCAACAAAUCCUCCACAACUCAGCACGAGUAUCAAAACAUGAAGGAUUACCUAUCUAUCUUGACGAAGAGGAAUCUAAAUUUCUUGCAGGUAAAAACUUUAACUUUACAGACCCAGAAUUUUAUGAUGGAUUUUUAAAAUAUGGACUUAAUUCUAUCCUCAGUAAAAAGUUGGGCAACCAGAGAGUUGUGCCGGAUAGCAGGAAUGCCAUAUGUCUUAGGAGAUUUUACCCAAUGCGCCUGCCCAGUGCCAGUGUCAUCAUUUGCUUCUAUAAUGAGGAAUUUUAUGCCUUGAUCCGGACUGUGACCAGCGUCAUGUAUCUCACGCCAUCCCACUUCCUGGAGGAGAUUAUUCUGGUCGAUGACAAGAGCGAGUACGAUGAUUUGAAAGAAAAACUAGAGCAUCACCUGGAUAUUUUUCGGGGAAAGAUCAAAUUGAUUAGAAACAAGGAGAGAGAGGGGCUGAUUCGAUCCAGGAUGAUUGGAGCAGGCCAUGCUUCAGGGGACGUGCUGGUGUUCUUGGACAGCCACUGCGAGGUGAACAGAGGCUGGCUGAAGCCCCUGCUGCAGGCCAUCUCCAAGGACCCCAAGAUGGUGGUGUGUCCUUUGAUUGAUGUCAUCGAUGAGAUGACCUUUGAAUAUGAGGCCUCUCCUCUUGUAAGGGGCAUUUUUGACUGGAACCUGGUAUUUAAAUGGGGUAAAAUUUUCUCUUAUGAGAUGGAAGGACCAGAAGGACCAAGUAAACCAAUCCGGUCACCUGCCAUGGCUGGAGGGAUUUUCGCUAUAAAUAGGCAUUUUUUUUACGAAAUUGGACAAUACGACAAGGGCAUGGAUUUUAUGGGAGGAGAAAAUGUGGAGAUUUCACUAAGGAUCUGGAUGUGUGGAGGCCAACUGUAUAUAAUUCCCUGCUCUCGAGUUGGACACGUCACUAGGAACCACAAUGUAAACAGAAAUCCUACAGUAGAGACAGCUAUGAUUCGUAAUUCCCUCCGAGUGGUGCACGUCUGGCUGGAUGAACACAAGGAGCGGUAUUUUCACCGGAGACCUGCUUUGAAAUUCAGGGCCUAUGGAAACGUUAGUGAACGUGUGAAAUUGAGAAAACAAUUGAAGUGCAAGUCAUUCCAGUGGUAUUUGGAUAACAUCUUCCCAGACUUGGAGGUAUCUGUGAACUUUUGGUGA